GUUUAAGCAAAGAAAGUUGGUCACAUACAAAACUUUACUUUGCUGGAUUAUUAUUACUAGGUCUUGGAUUUCUUACAUUUCAUCCUACAAUGCAAGAAUUUUGUUUGUUUGCAGUUGUUGGACUGACUACAGAUUUCUUUUUACAAUUAUUCUUUUUUGUUACUAUACUUUCGGUGGAUAUUCGACGAAUGGAACUUUCUGAUCUGAUGUUAGAAUAUCCAGUUCAUUCAUUUAUGCAAGAACCACAAAUGAUUCCACCAUUUUAUUCAUUCACUUCACCAUUAACAUCUUCAACUUCUUUAUCAUCAUCAUUAGAUAUGAUGAUUAUGACUACUGAGUCAUCGUGUAAAAUUGAACAAUCCAAUUCAUCAUCAUUAUUAUUCACGGAAACAACAUCAAAUCAAAGUGAAACACGAAUAUCGAAUAAAUAUUUAGCUUGCAUGUUAUCAUUUAUUUCCAAUUUAACCUUCCUAUUGUUUAAAUCAAUUAAAUUGAUUUUAGGACGAACAAGAUUAUCGUUUACGAAAAGACAUAGACGUAAUGUUUCUGCUGCACAAACAGCUGCAUACUUAGCAUCUGAUGGUAAGUCAACGCAAAAUGUUCCAAGACGUUUGCGUGUUCUUCGUUGUUGGGCAAAAUCUCGACUUAUACAACGUGUUCUUCUGGUACGUUGA